AUGCCUGGACCCAGUGACUGGCCUAUUGACCGCGAUGUAGACCCUAUACAGCCACCGAUUCCAAAGCCACAACGCGGUAGGCCAAAAAAGCUUAGGAGAAGAGGCAUUGAUGAGACAAAGGCAGAUGAAAGUGUUAAGGUCACUCGAAAGGGCUACGAUGUAUGUUGUGGAAAUUGUGGUCAAAAAGGCCAUAAUGCUAGAAGCUGCAGCCAACCUGAAAAUCCAAACAGGAAGAAGUAUCCCAAGAGGGUUACGAAACCGAAGCCGAAGCCAACCACUGGACGAACCUCGGAAACAGUAUCUACCCCUGGAAACAGUGACCCUAGAAACACUUUUGGUCAACCAUCUACAAGUCAACCAUCAGGCAACCCUCAAACUACAAGUCAACCAUCAGGCAACCCUCAAACUACAUGUCAACCAUCUACAAGUCAACCAUCAGGCAACCCUCAAACUACAGGUCAACCAUCAGGCAACCCUCAGACUACAUCUCAGCCCAUCAGGAAUAGAGAAAGGCAGGUCUCUGACCUAUACCGGAGGUUGAGACAGGUGAGCUUCUCAUAA